AUGACAGCCCCCGAAGAGCCAGCGGCGCCCCUCGUCGUCCUCGUCUCGACACGCGCAGUCCUCACGGUCGAGGACAACCUCGUCCUCACUCCCGCCACAAUCACAGUCUCGCCCUCCACCGGCAAGAUCACAAACAGCAUCCCCGCCGUCCUGCCCAAGACCUCGUUCCCGGCGUCGACGGUGUACAUCAACCACGGCAACAAGCUCCUCCUGCCCGGCCUCGUCGAUGCUCAUGUUCACCUCAACGAGCCCGGCCGCACCGAAUGGGAGGGUUUCUGGACCGGCACCCGCGCCGCGGCGUCGGGAGGCGUCACCACCGUCGUCGACAUGCCGCUGAACGCCAUCCCUCCCACCACCACCGUUGCAGGCUUCAAAGAGAAGCUUGCUGCCAGUCAAGGACAAUGCUGGGUUGACGUUGGCUUCUACGGCGGCGUGAUCCCCGGCAACGCGGACGAGCUCCUCCCCCUUGUUGAAGCCGGUGUGCGAGGAUUCAAGGGCUUCCUCAUCGAGUCCGGUGUCGACGAGUUCCCCGCCGUCUCAUCCUCUGACGUCGCCCUCGCCAUGAAGACUCUGAACGGCACCCCGACGACGCUCAUGUUCCACGCCGAGAUGAUCCCGCCCAUCGCAGACUCCGUCGGCGACGCCGUCCAGCAGUCUGAGCCCCCGGCCGCGCCCACAGGCGAACUCAUCUCCUAUAACACCUUCCUCGAGUCCCGCCCGCCGUCCUUCGAGACCUACGCCGUCGACGAGAUCCUGUCUCUGGCGCACCUCGCCCCGGACCUGCACCUGCACAUCGUUCACCUCUCCGCGACGCAGGCCAUCCCGCUCCUCCGCGCCGCCCGCAAGAGCGGCAUCAACAUCACCGCCGAGACGUGCUUCCACUACCUCGGCUUCGCGUCCGAGGACAUCGAGGACGGCGACACGCGGCACAAGUGCUGCCCGCCGAUCCGCGAGCGCUCGAACCGCGACGGGCUAUGGGAGGAGCUCGUCGCGCCGGACUCGUGCAUUCGUACCAUCGUGUCAGACCACUCGCCCUGCACGCCGCAGCUGAAGCUGCUCCCGGCGAGCCUCGAGCCGACGACCGUCACCAGCGGCCAGGACAGCCCGCCGCUCAACAUUCACCACUCCGAUUCCGGUAUUGACAUGACGAUCCCCGGGGAGAGCGUCGACAAGAUCAUCGCGGAGAAGCUGGUGGAGGAGCAGGCUGUGGCGACGGCGGACGCGAGCGCGCGGGGCGACUUCUUCGCUGCGUGGGGCGGUAUCUCGUCCGUCGGACUGGGGCUGCCGAUUGUGCACUCGGCGGCGCAGGCGCGGAUCCGGGAGGGCGGGGCGGGGGCGGCGCCGGGGAUUGUGGAUAUUGUGCGGCUGUGCGCGCGGGAGACGGCGGCGCAGGUUGGGUUGGGACACCGCAAGGGGGCGCUGAAGGUCGGGAUGGACGCGGACGUGUGUGUGUUUGAUGAUGCGGAUGUGUGGACGCUGAGGAGCGGGGAUAUGCGGUGGAAGAACAAGUGCUCGCCGUGGGAGGGCAAGGAAUUUACUGGAAGGGUGCUGGAGACGUGGGUGAGGGGGCGCAAGGUGUGGGAGUUUGGCGGUGCGAAUGGCGGUUUUGUUGAGGGCAAGCCUGUGGGUGAGGCUAUCGUCGAGAGGAGGACGAAGUGA